CUGAGGAUCCUAAAACCUCGCCAAAACCCUCUGCUGUUGCUUUUCUCUACCGGUAAGAGAGGGGAGAGCAAAAAUGUCCCUCUCUCGUCUUCUUUCACUCAAAUUGCGACCGUUAAUCAACACAGUAGAAUGUAGAAGAUGGUGUUCUUCCGUGAAUGGUAAGGGUGAAAUUUCACAGCCGUUGAAGAAAUCAGAAGUGGUGGAGCAGCUGAAAGCCACGGAUGUGGAGAUAGCUGAAAAGAAGCUUAUGACUGAAAAUGAAGAGGUCUUUCCUAGAGAAACACCUGUCCAGAAGGAAGUAGAUCCGUGGAAUAGUUUGGUAGCGACCUUUCAAAUAGCUAAAAAGAAGAUAUUUGGAAAUAUUUUGGAGCAGAAGAGCAGUAGCGCUCAUUCAUUAACUUCCACUUCCGAUCUUAAGGAUUCUGAUAAUGUUGUAUCUGCUUAUAGUCAUGAUAGUGGAAGUAUGAAUAAUCUUAAGAGUACAAUUCAUUCAGAAAAGACAUCUAUAACUACUAUGGAAGAAAAUGUUGACAGUAAAACAUCUCUGUCUUCUUUUAUAGCUGCUGAGAUUGUUAAUAUGAAAAACACUUCAAAUACAGCUGUGACUGAGGAAUUGCUAAAUAUCUCUUCAAAAGAAUGUGAAGGAAGCACUGAUUACGGGGUAAAUGAUAUGUCUUCUGGUGCAUCAUCUAUCUGUGGAAAAGCCGAUUCCAACGAUGGUGUUCAACCGAUUAAUGAUUUCCAUCUUUCAGAGUUAGUUAAGAAAGAGAGAGAACAAUUGCUAGAUGAGGAAGCAUCAUCAAGUGUACAAAUCAGUUCUGGUGAAGAGAUCCUGUCAAAAUCUGAGAAUGCAUGUAUCGUAGAACAUCGGAUGCAGAUUGAGAUACCUAGGACAUCACAUAGAAUUUCUGCAAAUAAAUCUGGUUCACCUGCAUCUGAAAGCCAGGAGGAGGACAUUAUGAAGAAGUUCAAAUUUUCGUCAAAUUUAAAACAUGGACGGAAGGAUACCUCUGAUUCAUCAUGUGUCGCAAAGAGGGUUGCCAGCUUAGUAGAUGCUUCUCAGGAAAAAGGAAAUAAUGAACCAGAGUUGGAGGCUAAGAAUGGCCAAAUGCAAAAUGAGGAAGUAAUAUCAGACAUUAUGUCAGUUUUUGGGAAAAGAACAUCCAAUCUCAAGCAGGUCGAAUGUUCUAAUAGUAUCUUACUGAGUGAAACAACCAACAAAUGGCGGGAUGUUCUUGUAAAAAAACCAGUUUCCUCUGCAAACGAACAUUAUCCAGCUAAAGACAUCUCUAUUCCGAUCUCACUUUCUAAUACCAAAAUGGAUGAAAUUUCAUCAGUUUCCCCUGCAAAUGAACAUUUUCCAGCCAAAGACAUCUCUAUUCCGAUCUCACUUUCUAAUACCAAAAUGGACGAAAUUUCAUCAGUCUCCAAUAGGUCUUCUCACAUGGAGGCCAAUCAUCGAGCAAUCAAUCAGAUUGUUGCCCCAAAGAGUGAAAAAUCUGUACCUAGAGAGUUUGAGCACCUUAAUGAAACUUCUCAGAAUACUUUCGGCAAGAGUGGCGACAUAAAGGGCUUAAUAGAAUGUAUUAGGGUGCUCCCUCCUCAGAAUCAUUCUGUUGUUAGGCCUGAGGAAAUUGUUGUUGACAGAAGUGUUGACAGAUAUAGUGAAAGAAAGGCAAGUAACAGCACCCAAGCACAAACUAACAAGCAGUCAACUGACAGGAAAAAAAGAAAGACUUCAUCUCAGGGUGUGAUUGGAAAGAAGGGUGGGAUAUCUAGCGAAGUCGUUGAAGAUCUCAACCCGGGUGAUGAAAGAACAGAGAUCAGGAAUACUGCACCUCGUGAUUUCUUCAAGUCAAUAGAAACUGAAGAGAUUACAUCUUUGAGGGAAAAGGGUAACCUGAACAAGGAUGAGGAUGCCUCUUUAUCUGAAAACUUAUCAGAUGAAAACAAAAUGACUAUAAAGUUUGUGAAUGUAAAAGCUACAGAACAGGAUGUCUGUGACGGUUUCAAGGGUUGUGGGGCUAUUACAAAGGUUGUGUUUCCAAGUGUCAUAUCAACUAAUUAUAAAGUUGCACACAUUUAUUUUGAGUCUAAAAAAGGAAAGCAAAAGGCUCUUAAAUGGUCUGAUACGGUCAUUAGGAAUGUAGUAGUUGUGGAGGCCACUUUUCCUCCGAAAGGGAGAGAGAGGAUGUGUAUACCUGAUUUAAUUGGUCAUCCAGAAGUUCCCACCUCAUUAGUAAAGCAUCCUUCAAGGACAGUUAUGAUAAAAGAAUUGAAGCACAAUGUGUCCUUUCAUGACAUCGAAGAAGUUCUUGCCUUUUGCGGAAGCAACAUAACUGGAAUUUUCUUUGGUUCGUCAAGCUCCGUUGCUUAUGUGGAAUUUGAGACAGUAGAGGGCAAAGAAAUUGCUAUUGCGAAACAUUCAUUGAUCAUGCUUGGAGAGACACUAUCAAUCUUGCGAAUCGAUGCACCAAGAACAACCAUUGUAAGGAUAUCAAAUAUCCCUGUCACUUCCAGGGCCAAAGUGAUCUCCUUUUGCAAAAAACUGGGACAGACUAGGUACUUCUUCACGAAAGCUUUUGGCGUCAUGGACGUGCAUUUCAAAUUUGCUGAAUGGCCACGAAUGUUAGAGAUUAUAAACAGGCUGAACGGAAUUGAAGUAGAUGGUCAGCAGUUGGUAGCUAAGCCUGCACCGAUCUAUCCCCCAGAUGUCCUUAAGGUUCUCUGGAGUCAACCAGAGGGGAGAAAGCAUUUGAAAACCACAUUCAACAGCUUGCUGCAGAAAGUAGGAGGAGGGAGUACAGUUGGUUUAACAGAACUUGUAGAUAAAUUUUAUGCUGAUGUACAAGAAACAUAAUUAACAUAAGAUGGUAAGUUUUGUUCAUUAAAACAUACUGAAAAAAUCCCUAUGCAUUAACCCUUUUACUAAAAAU